CCGGCCAAGGCCGCCGCAGCCCAGGCCAAGGCCAGAGGCUCCCCCAGGAGGACCAAGGCCCCCUUAGCCGCCGCCGCUGCCCGGAAACGCGCACUUCUGGCGGCCAACGAGGAGGAGGACCGAGAGAUCCGAAAGCUGGAGCGCUGCCUCGGCUUGAACAAGCGCAGAAAGAAGGGCGACGGUAGCUCCGUGCCGCUUAGCUUUGCCCGCGAUGGACUCGACUACAUCCUGGGAGCCCUGGAGUCUGGGGGAAAUAGUGCCUUGUAUGAGAGCAGCAGUGAGGAGGAGGAGGAGGGGGGCGCCGGACAGACACUCCCGGAAAGUGAUUCAGAGACUGACACCGAGGACGAACGGGAGGCGCAGGACGUGGAAGAGGAAGACGAGCGGGAAGCAGAAGCCGGAACGCAGAGCGAGGAGGACGACGAGGACGACGAGGACGAGGGAAAGCGAAAAAGCGGAGGAGCGGAAGGGACAGCGAAGAAGAAAAGGAGGCAAAAGAGAGUCCGCUUUGCGGAAGAUGAGGAGAGGAGUGAAAGUUCCUCGGAGGAGGCUGACGCUGCAGAUCAGCAGAGUCUUUGUGAAAAUGGUGGAAAGUACAAACCACCUCAUGUGAGGCGAGCAGAGGAGACAGUGGAUGCGCAGAAAAAGGAAGAGCUGGAAAGGCUGAAGAAACAGGUCAAAGGUCUGAUUAACAGGUUGAGCGAGCCAAACUUAGCCUCGAUAAGCGGGCAGCUGGAGGAGCUGUACAUGGCCCACAGCCGGAAAGACGUGAGCGACACUCUGACAGGCGUCCUCCUGAGUGCCUGCGCGCCGGAUGCGGCCAUGCCCAGCAGGCUGGUGAUGGAGCACGUCCUCCUGGUCAGCAUCCUUCACUGCACGGUUGGAAUCGAGGUCGGCGCCCACUUCCUGGAGGCCGUGGUGAGGCGGUUUGCCAGCGUCUAUGCGAGCGGCCAGGAGGGGAAGGAGUGCGACAACCUGUUCACCGUCAUCGCCCAUUUGUACAACUUCCGCGUGGUACAGUCUCUCCUCAUCUUCGACAUCUUGAGAAAACUUGUGGGAACUUUCACAGAGAAAGACAUCGAGCUGAUCCUGUUAAUGCUGAAGCACGUGGGCUUUUCAUUGAGAAAAGAUGAUGCUUUGUCACUCAAGGAGCUGAUCGCCGAGACCCAGGCCAAAGCCAGCCGGGCGGGCGGCGAGUUCCAGGACCAGAGCCGGAUCCGGUUUAUGCUGGAGACACUGUUGGCCCUGAAGAACAACGACGUGCGGAAGAUUCCGGGCUACGACCCCGAACCUGUGGAGAGGCUGCGGAAGCUGCAGAGAGCGCUGGUGCGCGGCGCCGGCUCAGGGACAGAGACUCAGCUCCGUGUCUCCUGGGACAACAUCCUGAACGCGGAGCAGACUGGGCGCUGGUGGAUCGUGGGGUCGGCCUGGAGCGGCGCCCCGAUGAUUGACAACGGUCAGCAGAAGACCCCACAGAAGCGGCCCCUGGGGACGGUCAGUGCGAAGAUCCUGGAACUUGCCCGGAAGCAGAGGAUGAACACUGACGUCAGGAGAAACAUAUUUUGUACAAUAAUGACUAGUGAAGACUUUCUGGAUGCAUUUGAAAAGCUUCUAAAACUUGGACUUAAGGAUCAGCAGGAGAGGGAAAUAGUCCACGUCCUCAUGGAUUGCUGCCUUCAGGAGAGAAUGUACAACCCUUUCUAUGCGUUCCUGGCCGGCAAGCUGUGUGACUACGAGAGGCGGUUUCAGAUGACUUUCCAGUUCAGCAUCUGGGACAAAUUUCGGGAUUUAGACAAUUUGCCAGCCACUAAUUUCUCUAAUUUGGUUCAUCUGGUGGCCCACUUGUUGAAGACAAAAUCACUGCCACUUUCCAUCUUAAAGGUCGUUGAAUUCAGUGAAUUGGACAAACCCAGAGUCCACUUCUUAAGAAAAGUGUUAUAUAUGCUGUUAAUGGAAACAGAGGUUGAAGACCUUGGUUUAAUUUUUGCAAGGGUGUCGGACAACCCCGCGCUGGGCCUGUUGCGGGAGGGCCUGAAGCUUUUCAUCAGCCACUUCCUGCUGAAGGGCAGCCAGGUCCCCGGGAGUGCCGAGGAGGCCAGCGUGCUCAGGGAGAGAGCUGAGCUCACCACCAGGUCUCUGCAGGGAAGGGCUUCCCUGAGGAUGUAGUCCGGGGGUGGGGGGGUGCUCAUCUGUCUGUAAAAUGUUCUUUGUAAACUCAGAAGGCCCGUUACUCUGCUCCGUGUAAAGCCUGGUGGAGCUGUAGCACAGUCUGAUGUAUUUAAAAUGUAUUUUGAUUGAAGUUAUAUUGUAUUUGUGUUUUGAACCAUUGUCAAAUAACUAUAUCUCUUUGUACGUAGUGGAAGCGGGAGGGGGAGUGGCAGACACUGGACAGUGUUCUCUAAGUGAUGAGACCGCGAGGGGUGUGCCAGUGUCUUAUUUUUUUAAUAGACAAAGUAGGCUUCCAGGCAGUGCACGGAAGUAUUUCUUUUCUUAUAAAGAAAUUGAUGCAUUUUUAUCUUUUUUAAUAUAUUGGUUAAAAGUUCAAAAACCAUCAGUUAAACGUGCCUGGUGUUUGAUUAUUUCAAGUAUUUGGAAUGCAAGUGUUCCGGAAAAGUCAUCAGUAAAUUCAGGCCUCGCAGGUGCCGGCAGAGCACGGCCUGGGGGCUUCCUGGUCACUCCUCUAAAAUUCCGGCAUCGUGAAGGGUGUUCCUCCCCGUUUGUGUCCGUGGCUCAGCCCCAUCAAUUCCAGGUCGUAAGGCACUUUCCUGAACAACUUCGAGGUCACCAGAUAGAUGUUGGACACUUAACAGGUGCUGCUGCCGAGCUGGGUUCCGGCAGGUGUGACAUGAAUAAGACAACUGCCUGCCGGGAAUGCAUGUUUAUCUGGCGAGAACCCCGCGCCCCGGCUGCCGGCGACGCAUACCGUCGACUCUGAGGAGAAGCAGGAACGUGCUCAGACGCCUUCCAUCUGCCACUGGGUCACAGAUGUCUUCUUUUUCCCGCCCUUUGAACUUAGUUCUCUCUCCCUUCAGUCAUUGAGGAAAGUCACCAAGAUGUGAGGACAGAACAGUAGUUUGUACACAGAGUCACACAGGCCGGCCACACCGCCCAUCCCAGUGGCCACCUUGGCUCAGGCCCUCAGGCUCCCCUGUGAAAGUCACACGCCUUUAAGCACUAAUGUGGCCCUGCCACAGCGUGUGCCGAGACGCUGUGGCAUGCAGUCAGUGUCUCCGGGGGGUCCCCGAGCCGGGGGUGCAGACUCGGGAACACCCCGAGAUUAAGUGCAGAGCAACACGGAGACUGUCUGCUCUUUCUUGGGCUCCCCUCGCACCCCUGAGGCCACGUGACAAACCUGUGUAUCUUCCAGCCAGUUCUGAACUCAGCAGAGAAAGAAGGCCAAGGGCGGGGUGGGGGGAGGCGCUGAGGUGGGCCGUCGCCGUGCUGGGCGCUUUUUCACAGUGUCUGCGGGGCGGGGACGGGCUGAGGUCAGCUCAUCACUGUCCCCUCCCCUGGGGCACCUCGCCCUGAAGUCAGCGUCGGCUGAGCCCCUCGGCGGGGCGCGGUGACACAGGUGGUGUCCGCCCUGCGAGGCUCCCGUCCCCCUGUGACCUGGGCCAGGACCAGUCCCCGAGCAGCUGCCACGGCUGGAAACGUGGUAACGCAGGUGCUACCCCUUGUGCGAGAUGCCGGUUUGCUCAGCUGACUUUCCUGCAGAAGAUAAUCUUCUGUAACCGGAGCCCCGUUUUUACAUCAUCUCUAAUUUUUAAAACAAUAAAAGUGUCUUUCCCUUUGC